AUGCCUCUUCCCGAUGACAAGAAGAUUGUCAAGCUCUCUGAUGAGCUUGUCGAGACCAUGCGCGCGACUUUUGACACACCCAAAAACUAUCGACCAGUGCACGCGAAAGGUCAGCUCGUCAGGGGCUACUUCACACCUCACAAGGACGCCUCGAAACUGUCAAAAGCGCCUAUUUUCAAGCAAGAAUCUACACCCUUGAUUAUGCGUUACAGCACAGACACAGGCUUCAAGAAUCUCCCCGACAAUGGUGACAACGCCUCUCGUGGCUUCGCCAUCAGAUUCGUACUUUCGGACGAUGGACACACUCAUUACGACAUCAUCACCAACAACGCCUUUGGUUUCGUCGUCAGUACAGGAGAAGGCUUCUUAGAUCAGUUCAAAGCCAUGAGAGAUGACAAGAUGGAGGAGUUCCUCGACAAGUAUCCUCAUGCGAGAUAUUUCAUGGAGAAUCAAUCUCCAGCACAUGCAUACUCUUUCGCAACCGAGCAGUGGCACUCCAUCCACGCCUACAAGUUCGUCAACGAUGAAGGUAAGGAGAGAUAUUUCCGCUGGAGAAUCGUGCCAUGGCAGGGUGUCAUGAAGCACAGUAAAGCCGAUGCCGCAAAGCAAGGCAAGAACUACCAAUUCGAUGAUCUCGAGAACAGACUUUCGAACAACAAACCCAUCAAGUACAGACUUAUGGCGCAAUUGGCAGAAGACGGUGACGAGGUCAACGAUUCGACAAAGGUGUGGCCAGAGACGAAUGAGUUUGCCGAGAUGGGCGAGAUUGUCAUUGAUCGUCUUUGGAAAAUGGAUGAGGGCGAGCCUGCAGGUCGUGAACAGAAGAAGAUCAUCUAUGAUCCUAUACCCAGAUACAUGGAGGGUGUAGAGGUCAGUGAUGAUCCCCUGCUGGAAGUCAGGACUGCUGUCUACUUGAUCAGCGGAAGAAUCCGGAGGGAGCAUCUCGAUGAGGAGGUUCAGCAAGCAGUGAGGUAG